AUGGUAAGAGGUGGAGGGAGAUUACCAUCUGACGUGCUAAACAAAUCAUGUAUUCUUGUCAUUGCUGGUGUGGAGAGGUUUGCGUUCAAAGCGGUUACAUCAAAUCUUGUAACAUAUCUGACAGAGAUGUUGAAGAUGAGCAAUUCAAUAGCGGCAAAAACAGUGAGCACUUGGGCUGGAAUUUCAUUCUUGUUACCAUUGUUUGGAGCAUUUCUUGCAGACUCCUAUCUGGAUAGAUAUUCUACCAUUUUUGCAUCUUCUAUUGUUUAUGUUGCUGGUAAGAAGUUAGUGCAUCGCGAUUAUGUCGCCCUACCCACAAAUAUAUCGGAGGCAGGCGAACUUGACCCUCAGCAGACACCACUAUGUAUCCAGCAUUCUGGCAAUCGACAGUCAAACAACACGGCAAACAAGCCUAACGGUGAAGUGCCAGUAGUUGGUACAGUUGAGGGAACAGAAUAUGUAUGGAGGCUAAUGCCAAUUUGGGGAAUGUUAUUAAUAUUUGCAAUAAUCUUUCAACAACCAGCAACUUUCUUCACAAAACAAGGCAAGGCAAUGAAGAGAAAUAUGGGUAACCAUUUUAUGAUCCCUCCCGCAGCAUUACAGAGUGCGAUAAAUGUUUCUCAAUUGUUGAGGCAAAAAGACUUGAAAUUAGUAGAAGAGAAACAUCCAUGGGUUCGGUACUUCGAUUCCAUUAUGAUAUUCUGGUUAUUGCCUCAGUAUAUCAUCUUGGGUAUUUCGGAUGUUUUUACAGUUGUUGGUAUGCAGAAGUUCUUUUACAGCGAAGUUCCUAAUCUUAGUAUCGUUCAUGGAGCUUGUUACAAGUGA